AUGUUAGCAUCGUCGCUUCCUAUUGCAAGCCCGUCUACUAUUAUUCCAUCCAUCAUACGAUGGCUGUUUCCUUGUGUGUUAUUAUUGUUAUUACUUUCCAGCGCUUCUAGAGUCUAUGGUCUGCAUGGAGUACCUCCAACUUCAAUUGUUUAUACAGGUAAUGGUAAUACAGCAUCGGUCGGAUAUAUUGUGGAUGUGAAUAAUGAUCAAUUGUUGGAUUUUGUUGUAGCGUAUUAUCAGCGAGAUUAUAACUUUGCGUCUAAUGUGAUUUUCCUCAAUAAUGGUUGCGAGUUUGUGAGACAUUCAAGCCCUUUCGAACCAUUGGUGUAUUGUAAACAAUAUUUUCUGAAUCAAAUCAUGAUCAAAUGGGAAGCUGAUCCUCCAAUUGUCACUUUGCAUAUUCCCAAUGAAACAUUCACAGGCACAAUUCGUUUGCCUUAUCACCCAAUUGAAAUUCCAGCCAUCAUCUUUGCAAUGAGUGGUGUCAAGAUUGGAACACCUAUGGAAAAGUUUUACAAGGGUGACACUCAAAUUCAAUUUCAUGCCAUUCAAAAAGGUGAUGAAAUUUACGUUGGAGAGCCUGGUCCUCGCAGUGCAUCGUCAUCCAGUAGUAGUAGUGGUGGAGGUGGAGGCUCAGACAGUGGCUCACAAGAUAGUGGUUCUGGAAGCAGUCCAAGCGGAAGCGGAGGAUCUGGUGACGCUAGUACUGGACAAAGCGGUAACGAGGGAUCUGGAAGCUCUGGAAGUGAUUCUAAUAACCAAGGAAGCGUUUUCGGUGGUACUCAACAAGGAGGAUCGGGUACACCACAAUGA